GAGGAUCUGGCAACACUCGUCUUCAUGGUUACUUCACUUUAAAUGUACCUUUACAUACUGAUUGUAUUUCUUUUAGUGUAACCUUAAAUUUAUAUUUAAAUUGUCCUACAGCUAAUCGGUUAGAGCAGCGCCUUUAAUUUAAAAAGCAACUUCCCAUGAUGCAAACAAGAAUUGUAUUUUCACUUUCACAUUCAUUGAUUUGAAUGCUCAACUGAACCAAACCUGGAUUCAUGUUUGAACACAUCGAGGAUUUUAACUGAAAAGCGUAGUUCGUAGUCUGUAGUACUAUGCAGCCAUGACUAGCUUUGCUCUGCUUGUGAAUCUCAUAGUUUUGCCCAUUCACCUCUGGGCUGCAGUCACUCUAGAGACCACUUCAUUCCCCACAUCAACUAAUGGAGAACCAUUCCCAUGGAAUAAAAUGAGACUUCCAGACACAGUAUCUCCUCUUCAUUACUAUCUCCUUAUCCAUCCCAACCUCACAAGUUUAGACUUUACUGGAAUGGUGCGGAUCCAAAUUGAGGUCCACGAAAACACCAAGAAUAUCAUACUGCACAGCAAGGAUCUUCAUAUCUCCAAUGCAAGGUUGCUAGAUUCAGACAUAGGUCAGCUACAGGCACUAAAGGUGCUGCAGUACCCAUACUUCCAGCAGAUUGCACUCAUAUCUGAGCAUGCACUGUUGAAGAGGGGCCAUGUAUAUUCGAUUCAACUGGAGUUUGCCGCCAGCCUCUCUGAGAGCUUUCAUGGAUUUUACAAAAGCACAUAUCGCACCAGCAAGGGAGACCUCAGGUUUGUGGCUUCCACACAGUUUGAGCCGACUAGUGCCAGGGCAGCUUUUCCCUGUUUUGAUGAACCUGCCUUCAAAGCCAACUUUUCCGUGCGGAUUCGCAGAGAAGCAAAGCAUAUUUCCCUUUCAAACAUGCCAAAGCUGAGAACAUUAGAGCUGCCAGAGAGCCUGUUUGAGGACCAGUUUGAUGUGAGUGUCAAGAUGAGCACAUACCUGGUGGCCUUCAUUGUCUCUGACUUUCUGUCCAUCAGCAAAACAAGUCAGCAUGGAGUCCAGAUUUCAGUGUAUGCUGUGCCAGAGAAGAUCGACCAGGCAGAGUUUGCUCUGGAUGCUGCAGUGAAACUGCUUGACUUCUAUGAUGACUACUUUGACAUUCCGUACCCUCUACCUAAACAGGAUCUUGCUGCCAUCCCAGACUUCCAGUCUGGAGCGAUGGAGAAUUGGGGUCUUACCAAAUGGUUUGGAAACCUGGUGACCAUGCAGUGGUGGAAUGAUCUGUGGCUGAAUGAAGGUUUUGCCAAGUUCAUGGAGUUUGUGUCUGUCAACAUCACCAAUCCUGAACUGCAAGUUGAGGAUUAUUUCCUGGAGAAGUGUUUUGAGGCCAUGGCGGUAGACUCCUUGAGCUCCUCUCACCCAGUGUCCACACCAGUGGAGAACCCUGCUCAGAUACGGCAAAUGUUUGAUGAUGUUUCCUAUGACAAGGGGGCUUGUAUUCUGAACAUGCUGAGAGAGUUUCUGACCCCAGAUGCGUUUAAACUGGGCAUUGUAUACCUAAAACGCUACAGUUACCAGAAUACGGUCAAUAGUAACCUGUGGGAAAGUCUGACCAAUGUAAGUACAAAUGACAUGUAUUUUCUGUAUCUGCCGGAGGAGGUGGACUGGAUCAAGUUUAAUAUGGACAUGAGUGGAUAUUACAUUGUGCACUAUGAGGGUUCUGGCUGGGAUGACCUCAUCUCUCUGCUCAAACACAAUCACACAGUGCUCAGCAGCAAUGAUCGGGCCAGCCUCAUCAACAACGCCUUCCAGCCUCAUUCAUCUGCAUACAGUAUGUGCUCUUAUUGUGUUGGUAAGCUUCCACUGGAUAAGGCUUUAGACCUGACCCUGUACCUAAGCAAGGAAACUGAGAUUAUGCCAGUGACACAGGGCUUCAGUGAGCUUGUGCCUCUGUACAAACUGUUGGAGAAGAGACACAUGGAGGAGCUGGAGAACCAGAUGAAGGGCUAUAUUCUGCAGCUGUUCAGGAAGCUCAUAGACCAGCAGUCGUGGACUGAUGAUGGCUCUGUGUCUCAGAGGAUGCUGCGCAGCUACCUGCUCCUGUUCGGCUGUGUGCGGGGUCAUCCUCCCUGUGUCAGCACGGCUACCCAGCUCUUCAACCAGUGGAGGGACUCAGAUGGGAAUAUGAGUCUUCCUAAUGAUGUUACUAUGGCUGUGUUUUCUGUUGGUGCCCGGACUGAGGAUGGCUGGGAAUUCCUGUUUGAGAAGUACAAGGAAUCCAUGUACGUCUCCAUGAAGAGCAGGAUAAAGAUGGCCCUCACAACCAGCCCUCUCGAUCACAAGCUAAACUGGAUGAUGGAGCAGAGUUUGGCGGGAGAGGUGAUGAAGACUCAGGAUCUGCCAUAUGUUGUGACUUCAGUCAGUAUAAAUCCUAAGGCCUACAAACACGCAUGGGAAUUUUUAAAAGCGAACUGGGACUCCCUGAUUAAGAAGUUUGAUCUUGGCUCACCGUCUAUAGCGCACAUGGUAGUGGGAGUGACCAACCAGUAUUCCACCAGAGAGAUGCUAGCUGAGAUUCGUAGUUUCUUCAGUUCCUUGCGGGCUGAGACCGGAGCAGAAUUGAGAUGCAUUCAGCAAGCCCUGGAGAACAUUGAAGAGAACAUUCGCUGGAUGGACAAGAACCUCCCGCUACUGAAGGCCUGGCUGUACAGACACUACGACCAGCACAAAAAUACCGAGCUGUGAAGCACUUAUACUGUGAUUGUGAGCGUCAUAUGUGUAUACAUUUUAUUAAGCAUUUUAAUACAAUGCAAGAGUUUUGAUAAGAACUUUGGUGUUCUAAAGUGUGUGAAAUAUCGGGUGAAUAUUUUUGAAGAACUGUGCCAUUGCUUGUAAAGGUCGAAUUUAAGAAUCUCAUCGGUCUCCAACCUUUCAUAUUGAAAUUAAAUU